AUGUUGCUGCUCAGAACUGGCAGCGUGCUGCUUCUGCUGAUGCUCUUUGGACGAUCAGGUGGUCUGCCUGCCUGGCUUCUCAAAAAGAAAGACAUCGUACUGCGCUCUACAGAUUCAGACUACAUCGCAGCAGUGGAUAAAUGGAUGGGGAAGUUGCUGCCUAUGAUAAAGCCGUAUCUCUAUCAGAAUGGUGGUCCGAUCAUCACUGUUCAGGUGGAGAAUGAAUACGGCAGUUACUUUGCCUGUGACUACAACUACAUGCGUCACCUGUCCAAGCUGUUCCGCUCUUACCUGGGUGAUGAGGUGGUGCUGUUCACUACAGAUGGGGCUGGGCUGGGCUACCUCAAGUGUGGCUCAAUACAAGACCUCUAUGCCACUGUGGAUUUUGGGCCGGGUGCUAAUGUUACUGCUGCCUUUAAAGCACAGCGACAAGUUCAACCUCACGGGCCUUUGGUGAACUCUGAAUUUUACACUGGAUGGCUGGACCACUGGGGAUCACAUCACUCGGUCGUGUCGCCCACUCGAGUGGCUAAGGUCCUCAGCGAGAUGCUGCUCAUGGGAGCAAACGUCAACUUGUACAUGUUCAUAGGAGGAACCAACUUUGGAUACUGGAAUGGGGCUAAUAUGCCAUACGCUGCACAGCCUACAAGCUAUGACUACGAUGCUCCGCUCACAGAAGCCGGAGACCUCACAGAGAAAUAUUUUGCCAUCCGAGAGGUGAUCAAAAUGUACAGUAAGGUACCAGAAGGGCCGAUACCACCAACAACUCCAAAGUAUGCGUAUGGUGCCGUAACAAUGAAGAAGCUCCAGACCGUGUCGGAUGCCCUAGACGUACUGUCCCUCUCUGGCCCUGUCAAAAGCAUCCAUCCUCAGACUUUCAUCAACUUGAAUCAGGCUUUUGGUUUUAUGCUCUAUAGGACCAUCCUGCCCAUGGACUGCACCACACCAACUCCACUGUCAUCUCCACUGAAUGGGGUCCAUGACAGAGCAUACGUGUCAGUGGACGGGAUGGCUGUAGGAAUUCUUGAAAGGGAUAAAGUCUUAAGCAUCAAUGUAACCGGGAAGGCUCGAAGUCAGGUGGACAUACUGGUGGAGAACAUGGGCCGAGUAAACUACGGAAAACAGAUCAACGAUUUUAAGGGCUUGGUGUCUAAUCUGACCCUGGGGGCGGACCUUCUCACCGACUGGACCAUGUACAGUCUCAGUAUUGAUGAAGCAGUCAUGAAGGGCCUCCUCGGAGAAAAAGAGCCCGCACUUUUUGAUCCACCUCAGCCAGCUGAUCUCUCCCCUCCAGCUUUCUAUGGGGGAAGCUUCGUGAUACCCGACGGCAUCCCAGACCUCCCUCAGGACACCUACAUCAAGCUGAGCAGUUGGAGAAAGGGACAGAUCUGGAUAAACGGCUUUAAUGUAGGACGUUACUGGCCGACUCGAGGGCCUCAGAUGACACUUUUUGUCCCUGCUAACAUCCUCAGUACAGCUGCACCAAACAAUGUGACCGUCCUGGAGCUUGAAGGGGCUCUCUGCGGCUCUAAAGCGUGCACUGUGGAGUUCACCAACACCCCCAUCCUCAAUGCAACAGUCCAGUCUGACUACAAACAGCACAGGAGGCUGUUUGUUAAAGAGGAUUUACUGUGAUGAUAAGAAAACUCCCCGCUGCACAAAAGGGAUCUAUUUGCACAUUUAGACUCAUUGAUUUAGCACUUGUUGGGUCACCUCAACAAUCUUUCUUUUUUUAAACUAUGAAAAGUGGUUAAAUUUGGGAAAUGAUAUCAAUGAUGUGUGUUUUUGUGCAUUUUGCUGAAUUAUUUUAGCCUGUUUUUUAUCAGCACAUUAACUUCGGGUUUCUCUACCUCACUGAUUCCACAUGAUUCCAAAUUCACAGACUUUUUUUCCUCUUCAAAAAGGGAAUGAAGUGAAAGCCACUGAAAGCAGAUUUUUUUUUUCUUUGUUGUUCAAAACUCAGAUCAGGGAAUUAUUGUGUUUUUAAAUUACUGCGGGAUUGCUGCUUUUAUUCUUUUACAUUACAUUACAUGCACUAUGAGUUUGAUUUACUUUUAUACACAUUCAAAUAAAAACCAAAUAAUUUUGGAAUUUUCAAAAA